AUGCAUUAUCAUUUCACAGGCAGCAAAAUCGUCUCCUGGUCUCUUCCAGUCUGCAAAAGCUGGAAGCAAUUAUCAAGAAGCAAAACACAAACAAAAUUUUCGUUGACACAGGAGGACAGAGAACCGAACUCACGGGGAGGCGGAGUGGCAAGGCACUUAAAAGUGGCCGCUGAUUGUAACACGUCCCAACACCCUCAAACCCAAACAAAGGAAAACUUUAUAAACAGGUCGUGGUUUGCAAUCAAACCAAGUACAACCCGCCGCUCACCCGCUCGCUCCACGAGUUCCACUCCUCGCUCCAGACAGUUGCUGCGGGCGUCCGGCGACACAGACCUCCAGCCGCUAGGACGAGAAGGGGCCGCUGCCCUACCCUCUGGUCCUCAUUCGGGAGUGACCCCACGUCCUUUGGGGUGGAGGGUGCAGCGGCGGCACCACAUAGGCUGGACCACUAUCCGGACUCCCGCAGAAUCGGGAAGUACUGGACAGGGCGGAGACCGAGGCACUGGGCAAGCAGGUAGUGAGCCCAGGAGACGAGACACUCACGCCCGCCAGCCAGACCGCGGGAGGGGAGAAGUUUCUCCUCAACUUCCAGACUCCGGGACCAGUAGGCGGACAGCGGCAGGGGCGGCGGCGCCUCGAGAAGCCCGGGAGCAGGAGGGUGGAUGCCGAGGCCUAGAGCUGCCCGGUCCGGGUCAGCUGCCUACGUCGCGAGGCCACGCCGCGAGCUUACCUGAGUCCGGCCGCACUCGCACGGGUCGCCGCGGGGAGAAGGCGGCCGGCCGAGGUGGACGCCCGCGGGUCCCUCUCCCUUCUCCACCUCCAGGUCGCGGGGCGCCAGGAGGCAGCGACGGCGGCGCAGCCGGCCCGGGACGCUUUACUUGAGGAGGAGGGAACUCCCGGACGCCCGCACCCCGCGGCCUCCCUCUCUCCUCCUCUCGCCGCCGGCCCCGCCCCUCCGCUCCGGAUCGCGCGCGGGGCGGGGGUUGCGGCUACCUGCGCGCGCCCGCUCACCGGAACUCGCGCUCUGCUGUCUGCUGGGAGCGCCUUCCGGCGCGGGAGCUCUGCGCGGGGUCCGCGGGCCGCUGGGAGGCCCGGCCGUGUCGUGCCUGCCGGCCCAACAUGGCGCCAGGGGUCAGGCGUGCUCCCGAGGGGGCGUGAGGAGAAAGCAGCAGCGGCAUGUGGUUCCCUGCCUUGCCCGCACGCCGACUACCGCAACGGGCGAAGCGGGGCUCCGCCUGGCUCACCGAAACACUGAGGGGUGUGGGGCUUUGUUUUCGGAGGGUGAUCGGGGUUGGGGUUCUUUGGAGAAAGGUUGACUGUUCAUUUCUCAGCUUUGUGCCUCCGCACCCUUUGUCACUGAUAGUAAAAUCACAGUCGAACCGCGUGAGCCAUCAGGGCAGUGCUGACACCUUGGUUCUCGUCUGGCCGCAGAAGCUUCCUGUUGACUGUAGGUCGAACCAGCCUUGCCGCGCGAGUAGAACCGAACCUGAGUUGUGUUGGCAAUUCUCCCAGGAAUGGUGGCUCUCACUUAGAGUGGGACAGCAUUGUAUUUGAUCCUCGUAAUAGGGAACCCGGACAGGCACUGUGACUCUUCUUGACAGCUAUGAAAGCUGACGUUUGGGCCCCUUGAAGUGAAGAAGUCAAGAUGAAAGGUUUUUUGUUUGUUUUCCCUCCGAAGGCCUUGCAUCGUUUUUUCUGCUUGCCUUGUAGAAAAAGGAAGGGUUUAGGAGGAACUGAGGUACAAGAUUGAGAGGGUCAAAAGACAAUCUAGAAGUACUCCUGCUAAAGGCACGUCUGCCUUAUCACACUCUUAAUUUCCCUUUUGUAUUUCCUCUUUGGUGGGGUUAUUCGAAGUAUUAAUGUGGGACUGUUGGUUUCCUUUGUGGUUUUCAGAGAAAUUCAGCAUCAUCUUUGACAUAUCAACUCCGUCAGUAGUCUGGUACUUUAGCAACUUAAAUGCACACAGCUUUAAAAAGUUUCUUCAGAGAAAGGAAUGGGAAUCCACAUGAACAACUAUGUGUGAUGUAGCGCGGUGCUUUAUUUUGCCAUUGACUGGUGCAUUAAGGGGUUUUUUUGUUUUGUUUUGUUUUUUUUUUUUUUUUGUUUUUUUGUUUUUUUGUUUUUCUCUGUAUAGCUCUGGCUGUCCUGGAACCCACUUUGUAGACCAGGCUGGCCUCGAACUCAGAAAUCCCCCUGCCUCUGCCUACCAAGUGCUAGGAUUAAAGGCGUGCGCCACCACCGCCCAGCAAGUUUUUUCUUGAAACUAGAACGUUAGUUACUUGAGCUGUUGCCUUUCUAAACCUACAGAUAAAAUAGAAAUAUAUUUGUGACCCUAAACUCUCCCAAUUUAAAAGACAACAAACAAAAACCCUCUCAAUGUUAGUCUAACCUGUUUUGAAUUUGUUUUAUAUUUUAUUUUGUUUUACUUUGCUUGCUUUUUUGAGACAGAGUCUUGUGUAGCCCAGGAUAGCUUUGAACUUGCUGUGUAGCUGAGGAUGAUUUUUGAGCCCCUCCUUCUCCUGUCUCUACCUCCCAGUUUCUGGGGUUACAAGUAGGUACCAUCACACACAAUUUCUGUACUUUAAGGUAGGGAGAGAGUAUCAAAAAUACACCUACAACUUAAAGGUUACAUUUAAUGGCUAUUUUAGAAAUAUUCUUAAAGAUGGUGACAGGAUCUGGGAAAUUUUGCUGGGAAAUUUUGUUGUUAUAGAAACUAGUCAUAGCUAAAACCCUGUUUCUGAAAUGGUCAGGUGAGUGUCGGCUCAUGCAUCCCUCUUCACAAUGUUACAGUGUGUUAAGACCUAUCUUGAAACUUCUGGGAAAAUCAGCCCUAGGAAGGAAGGGGAAGGCCAGUGGAAAAUUUGAACUAUAUUAGGUAUUUCUAAAACUAAGGUGUUCUUACUUAUCAAAGUUGGCUGGAAGUUUGAAUUAUUAGAAGUUGAACUGAUGAUGACCAAUGGAACCUAUGAUUCUGCCUGGAAAUGUUCUUGCUUAGAAUAAAGUGCUUUCGGGGAGAGAUUUGCCCACUUCACUAAGGUCCUGGUAAUGAGUUUUUCUUCCUGCAACAGUGGGAAGCCAUGCACUGUAUGAUCUCCACCAUCCCUACUACGAGACAGACUUUUCUUUUCUUUUUUUUUUUUCCUUUUAAAGAUUUAUUUAUUUUUAUGUGAGUACAGUGUAGCUGUUUUCAGACACACCAGAAGGGGCGUCAGAUCUCAUCACAGAUGGUUGUGAGCCACCAUGUGGUUGCUGGGAAUUGAACUCAGGACCUCUGGGAGAGCAGCCAGUGCUCUUAACCGCUAAGCCAUCUCUCCAGACCUAGAAAGAGUUUUCAAAGAUAACUUUUACGCGCUAGGAGCAGGAUGUCCUUGUGUACACAUGGCAUGUAUCUGUGCUGUCCUGGCUUUGCCUUUUCCAGCUGGCCAUGCCUACUCCAAGCCCCACCCAGAAAGAGCACAAGAACCAUCCUAAGCUAAGAUUUGUAGGUUCAGGCAUUUCUUCUUUAGUGUGAGGCUCAUUAUAACAAACUCUCUGAAGCAGUACAGUUCAUUACUUACUCAAACUUUGUGUUUUCAUAACCUUGUAGUGGGCAUGGUGGAUUUGUUUUCCCUUCCUCUCAACUGACCUUCCUCCAAUAAAUUUCUUUUCAGCUUAAAUUAAGUAGAAAGUCUGUUCUUUGCAAGUAAGAAACUCAAUUUAGACCCCAGCUCUUGGGAGGUGGAGGUAAAGAAUCAGGAGUCCUAAGCCAUUUACUGAGUUUCAAGCUAACUUAGGCUCAACCUGUCUCAACCAAAAGUCCCAGAAAACAAAACUAAAGCAAAACAAAACACAAUUUAGCGUCUACUGCUUUGUAUUGCUGACUGACUAUCACCUCAGCUCUGAGGGCAGGAUUUCCUGCUUUCUGUUCAGACUAGGGGUGGGACACUUACAGGGGAACCGAUUUUCACAGACAGGGAAGGAGUAGCAGCACAGCCAGAGUGGAGGCAGGAACUUAAAGGAGCCCUAACAUAGUAAUGUGAUUCUUGCCAGGCACAAGGCUGACACAUCCUAAGUGAGGCAGUCAAGGCUCCCAGAUCAUGGCAUCACUUUCCCCCUGAGCACUAACUCAAACCUCAGACUUCUACUCAGCACAAUUUUGACAGCAGCUCCUUUCCUUCCAUGUGCCAUGUUUGUGGUUUCUAUAGUUUUUCUUGAGUGUUCUGGCCUGUGUUUUCUGGUAUCUGCAGCUGAUGUGUAAUAACAUUGGCAUUGCUUCUGGCCUUGAGUUUAACCUCCACUAAGUUGCUUCCAGUUUGCUACUUCUAAGGACUUUUACACAUGGGUUAGGAGAAGUAGAACCUAACUUUGCUUAGAGGCAAGAAGUUGAAGUUAGAAUGUUUACCAGAGCUGAUGGUUUAGAAAAGAAACUAAAUCAGGCUCUAUCUUUAAAGUUCACUGAAUAGGCUCAUGAAGCAUAAAAUAUAUUAGGGAGCUUUUUAUAAUUAGAUGUUUUCCAAGAUGGUGCUAGCUUGUUUUUUUGUUUUUUUGUUUUAAAUUUAUUAUAUAUGAGUACACUGUAGCUGUCUUCAGACACACCAGAAGAGGGCAUCAGAUCUCAUUAUGGGUGGUUGUGAGCCACCAUGUGGUUGCUGAGAUUUGAACUCAGGACUUUUGGAAGAUCAGUCAGUGCUCUUGCCCGCUGAGCCAUCUCUCCAGCCCACUAGCUUGGGUUUUAGACAAUGUAUUUAGAAUGUAUAUUUUUCUAACUUUCUUUAAAUCUCCUUUCUAAAGCUGAACAGAUUUUGUUGCAACUUUAGCUAUAAAGAUCAUUUUCUCAUAUAUAUCUGACAAAAUUGUAAACCCUGACUUACUGACAUAACUACAAUGUUUUUAAUGCUUUAACAAAAUGUAUUCACUCUUCUUUGACUUGUAUGUGAGUAGAGCUUUUGAUGAGUUGAAAUUGUUCAUUUUUUUUUCUUUACUAAAAAGAAACACAUA